ACAGGGAAUAGGAUAUUUGUAACUUUUUUUCGAUAAACCCUCUCUGCUCUCCUGUCUGUUGCCCUCUUAUCCUUUCAUAGCCUCUUCUUAAACCCUCUCUUUUCUCUGUAUCGCCUUCUCAAUUCUUCAACAAAAAUGUCUACUGUAACCAAACCCAUAUCCCUGGUAGACUCAUCUUGCUUUGUCUCUCUUCCUUCCCUCUUCAACGCUUCUUCCAAAUCACCAUCUCUCCUCUCACUCCCUGCAAAACCCAUCAAGCUUUUCCUCUCAUCCUCCCUUUCUCCAACCCGUUUAACGCUCAAAACAAAAACCCAUUUCCCUUCUCUAGUUGCCUUUGUAGCCCAGACUUCGGAUUGGGCCCAACAAGAGGAAGAAAAUGACACCACCAUAACCAUUGAUGGACAAAAGCAGCAAGUCGAAGAAGAAACUGAAAGUGAAGAAGGAGAAUCAACAGGGGAAAACGAAGAAAGUGAUGGGGCUGAAGCAAGGUUGUCCGAUUGGGAAUCUGAAGGUGAAGAAGGAGAAUCAACAUGGGAAAAUGAAGAAGGAGAAUCAACAUGGGAAAAUGAAGAAAGUGAUGAAGCUGAAGCAAGUUUGUCUACUUGGGAACCUGAAGGUGAGGAUUCACUUUUUGAAGGGCAGGGUGGUGAUUCAGAAGAAGUGGACUCUGUUCCUGAACCUCCUGAGGAAGCUAAAUUGUUUGUUGGGAAUUUGCCUUAUGAUGUUGAUAGUCAAAGUUUGGCUAUGAUCUUUGAGAAAGCUGGAACUGUGGAAAUUGCUGAGGUUAUUUACAAUAGGGAAAGUGAGCAAAGUCGUGGCUUUGGGUUCGUAACUAUGAGUUCCAUUGUGGAAGCUGAGAAGGCUGCUGAACUAUUUAACAGUUAUGAUCUUAACGGAAGGCUCUUGACUGUUAAUAAGGCUGCUCCUAGAGGAUCACGUUUCGACAGACCCGGUCGUGUUUAUGAACCAUCUUUCAAGAUCUAUGUGGGUAACCUUCCAUGGGAUGUGGACAAUGGUCGACUGGAGCAGGUCUUCAGUGAACAUGGUAAAGUAGUAGAUGCUCGUGUAGUCUCUGAUAGGGAGACCGGCCGUUCACGUGGUUUUGGCUUUGUGACUAUGUCCUCAGAGACUGAAUUGAAUGAUGCCAUUGCUGCUCUCGAUGGACAGAAUCUGGAUGGAAGAGCAAUAAGAGUAAGUGUUGCAGAGGAAAGGCCAAGGCGAGGCUCCUUUUGAUCUGAGAUGAUUUAGAUACAUGAUCUGCUUCUCUUGGCUUUUCCUUUUUUAUUUUUUC